AUGGCGGCGCUCAAUCAAGUUGCGCUUCUCGCAGGUGGGUGUCAACAGAGCUGUGCUCUUCCUGUCAUUGUCCACGCCAAUGCCAUCGCGUACUGCUCCACGGCGGCGAUCUACAUGUAUACACCCACAAAAAUCGCAACGACCGCCGCCGCAGGGGCACCUGCGACCACGGAGAAUGAGAACUUUUCUAGUUACCCACUCACCCGCAUCUUUGCCAACGGCGUCGUCGGUGCAAUUCAUUCCUUUCACUUCAAUGAAGAGUACAUGGUGUGUGUAACAACCGCCGCAAAAACGGUUGUCUGGCGCCUCGUCGACGGAGAGAAGUUAAACGAGAAGCGCGUGCCGAGUGCCGUGGGGGAGUUCUUUCGGCGGGAGGGUGGUCCGUCGGUGGUGCGGGUGGCCGGGAAGCACCACAUCCUGUACGGCACGAAAACCGGCUGGGUGGUCUCCGUGAACAUGAACGAUGGCACCACCACCCAUCAUCUGCGGCUUUGUAUGAACGGCCAGAGCUCCGCCGCAGCGGCCGUGCCGACGCCGAGCCCCACCACUCCUCUCGGCAACCGCAACGGCAGCAGCGACACCCACGUGGGGUGUGUGACAUUUAUGGAUGUCGCCGCGUCUCGCCCUGACUCCAUCGUUGUCGCCACCUCUGAAGGGGGAUUAUUCAUUCUCUCAAUACAUCCAGCCAAUGGUCUACGGCAGAAUGCGUCACUGCGCCCGUUUCCGGCGCCGGCGCUUGCCGAGGAGACUCACACGGUCAACGACACUAGCAACGGCAAUGACGCUGCCACUGACAACGGCUGGCUUCCCGUGACAACUAUGGCGUUUGAUCCGAACAAUCCCAAUUAUGUUGCCAUUGGCUCACGCGACGGAGCUCUGGCUAUUGUAGAUACCGUGUCUAACACCAUUGUACAGAAUUUUGCGCUGCAGAAGGCGCCGGUGACGUCUAUUGCUUGGCUCGCUGGUCAGACCGGAAAGUUUGUGACAACUGAUGGUGAGUCCUCCAGGCUGCAAGUGUGGUUGACAAACUCACGCACGGCGGUGGCGGAGUGGCACCCAAUUGCUGGAAGUGCUGUCUUCGGCGCCGCCGCCUUUGCCCCUGAACAUCUUAUUAUUGCAUUGCGUAAUGGAAGUGUCGCGGUGUUCAACACGCGUACGCAACAAAUCGAAAUGCAGACGGAGGCAGGUCAUACAGACGUAAUGCACGCAUGUCGCUACGCCCAUCACGAAAAGGAUUACCUCGCUACUACCAGCACGGAUGGGACGAUACGGGUGUGGAACACAAAACAACUCACGUUACAACAUGCGAUUGAUGUGGGACGUGUGAUUGUGCACUCCAUUGACUGGAGUUUAACCGGCAAGUAUAUUGCCGCAGGACUUAGCAAUGGUGAGGUUGUUUCGUACUACGUCGGUACACAGCGAAAACAUUGGGGAGUCAGUGUGACAGCUGUAGGUGCUGUCAAUUGUGUGUCGUGGAACUCUAGUGAGUCGGGCGGCUACAUUGCGGCCUCACACAGUGGUGGUGUGGCUGUCCUUUCCUCACGAGACGGUAAGAUUGUGCGCCAUUACAAGACAACUUCCCCUGUUUCGGGCAUAGAAUUCGACCGAAAGCAUACGAAGCACCUUGCCGCAGCUUGCCACGAUGGACAGGUCCUCGUGUUUCAGAUCGGCUCCAGCCGUGAGGAACCCACGCUUGUGCUUACGGGGCAUACUGCUGCAGCGCUAAAUGUAUUAUAUAGUUCGACUGCGCCGAAUUUUCUGCUUAGCUGUGGUCAGGACACCACAUUACGGCUAUGGGAUGUUUCUUCAGGGACGUCGCACACGGCUUCUGUUUCAUGUCGUGUGAUGCGUGGACAUACAGCCUGUGUCAAUGCCAUUGCGUGGUGCAGCAUCGCUCCUUAUCUUGCCCUCUCCGCCUCCGCAGACUGUACCGUGCGGCUAUGGGAUGUGCGUAGUGGAGCCAAUCUGGCAACUGUCCGUGCUCAUAAUGGGGAGGUUGUGGCACUGGGUGGGCACCCUGAGCGUCCGCUUGUUUUUGCCUCCGUGUCGCAUGACACCACCGUUGUUUUUUGGCACUUGGGGCUACUGCGGCAGGUUUACCUGGAUGCCGCGCUGGGCAGACUGGAAAAUUGCACCGUCACGGACAGCACGUCUCUGUUGGACGCCUCCUCCGGGUCCUCCGUCUCUGUCGUGACCGGUGAUGUUGUGCAGGAGUUAAUCAAAGAUUUGAGGGAGGCCAACCUUGCACCCCACAGACGAAUGGAGCGAAUUGUCCGAGUGUUUGAAUUUCCCUGCGGGGCGGCGGAUUUGGCGCGGAUUGCGGGAUUUGCUGGCGACCCACAGGACAUCUCUAACGCGAAGUGCACCGUUCUCCCCGCCUCGCGGCUUGUCGAGCUGCAUGGGAAGUGGGGGAAAGCAAAUGUGGAGAAGUCGCACGGUAAAACCGUGACGAAUGCGGGUGAGGAGUACAAAAGGACGCGUAUUAUAGAGGCGGCUGAAUCUAUGCUGCAGCUGGGGAAAGUCGCCGAGUAUUGCCAGUUGCUGGCAGAGGUGGGUGAAUGGGACAGUGCAAUUGCCGCGGCGCCUGUUGUUAGUCGCGAGUUGUGGCGUUCUCUUUGUUUACAGGCGGCAGAGGCGAUGGAGGCUGCUGGAAACGCACGUGCUGUGCGUUAUUUCAUUAUGGCGGAGGAGAGUGCCCGUGCCGCUCGUCUUGUUGCUCGUCAGUCUGAUAAAAACUGGGAUUUGGCCGUCGUCAUUGCAGAGACGUGUCCUCAGCAUAUGACGCAGGCAAGUACUGAGCCUCCGCACAAUACGACAGUGGACUCAAAUGGUGUUUCUUCUGCUGUGCAAGCAUUGCUUACUGCCCGCGCCACUGCCUUGGCGCACGCCAAUAAUUCCCGCAUUCUUGCCGCAGCUAAACUUGUAGACGGCGCCAACGAUGACGCUGUCAUGGAACUCAUCUACGGCGGAGACGUGGUCAUUGCACACCUUCUUGUUCACACGGUCCCGCUGCAGCGCCAGACGACCAUCGACGCCGGAUAUCGUCUCUCCAUGUUGCAGUCUUGUCGGCAGCAGCAGUGGGAUACGGCGCUGCUUUGCGCAACACGGCACUCGAACCCCUACGACGGUCUCGCGACGGUAUUUGCCUUUUACCAACAGGCCGAGGAGAGGGCGCGGUUGGCGAACACUAGCGGCAGCCCUGCGUGUGUGAACGACCGGCUAAAGGCGUUUCAAGAGCAGGUCCUUUCCGAGUGCCAGCGCCUUCGACUUCCGUUGGAUGCGGAAAGUAUCCAGCGGAACCACGCCGCUGAUGGGCUUGGCUCCAUUAAUCAGCUGGCCGCCAUGGCGGUGUCAGCGAAAACGCCUAUAGGAGCCGUGACGAAUGAGGAGCUGUUGCAAACGAUGAGCAACUUCAUAGACAGCAUCCUUCAGGCCGCGUUGCAAGACAUCGACAGCUUAAACGCCAUCUUUUACUUGAAGCAGGCCUUCUCUGCCACAUGUUAUGUGAGUUUACCGAUUCAAACAACUGUGGCCGGCGCCGCGUCGACAAUGUCACCAGGUUUCCCAACGGUCAUUGCCGGCAGUGGCGCACAUCCUCCGCCCGUGCGAAGGUUCCUCGCCCAGGCCUUUCUGCUUACAUCGUUGAUGUGCGUCAAGGUGUACAGGUUUCCAAAAUUUCUGAAUCCCACCUUUACCAAGGCUCGGGAACUGGCCGAUGGAGACAGUCAAGUCAUGACGCUUCUCUCAAAGGUGCAGCAGGUGCUCGGCUCCUACUCCCCGCAUUCCGUUGAGGUGAGUUGUGCAACCCUCGGCACCUCCGCGCCCUGCUAUGGUGUUGAGGAUGGGAUUCAGCUUAAGUCUGCGCUAACAAAGGAGCCACUUACGGGUGAGGUGCAUGUCCUAGAGGAUGGUGCCUCCCUCAUUGGGAAGAGUGAGGCGUUACAGUGGAUGCUGUGUUGCGCCUUCUCACCCCUCGCAUCAGGGGCGCGUUUUCUUCCCUUGUAG